CCUCAGCAGAAGAAACCAUUGACAAGAUCUCCACAGAGGAAGAGACGCUCAUCCACCAGAGGAGAAGAAUAACAUCUUGUAUAUUGAUACUUCAGUUAUUCCACCAAAGAUCAAAAUGGAUUUUGAGCCAAUCAAUGAAAUUCAGAUCUCGGUCAGUGAGGAAGAAGAAAUUCAGCUUAAUAAUGAUGGCUUCACCAGAGUUGAUGGAAACCUCAACAGUGGUACAACAGGGCCUGAUGUGUUCCUGUGGUACAAAAAAGGGGGCAAUAACCCUGUCACCAGAAUCCAGUCUUCAUACAGAAUAGAGAUGAAUGAAGGUCUUACAGCCUCUGGCUUCACCAGUGUUGAUAAAAACAUAAAUACCACAGGUCAUCCCAUUAAACUGUUCUACAAGAGUGACCCCAUUGCACAAGACUUUUGGAUUGUGGACCUGAAGGUGACCACCAGACAGCGGGAGCAGGCAGCGUUGUUUCUAUCUGGCAUAUGGGAGCGUCUGGGCUGCAAUCUGAACCGCAACAAUGGUGGAGAUCCGGUUUACAUCUGGGUGAGGAGGAGGGAAAAAACCUAUAUCUGUGACAUCACAGCUACUGUUGGUUUCAACAGCGACAUACAUCUCUUUAAUGAAGGAUACAUCCGUAUGGAUGAGGACACCAACCAAGGAGGGCCUGACCGUGCUGCAGUGUUUAUCUGGUACCGUCGUUCUAAUGAUUACACUCAGGGCAUCACUGGCUUCCAGGUUUCUGUCAAUGAUGAAGAAAAAGUCGGCUUCACAAAGGUUGAUACCGACCUCAAUUUUGGCACCACAGAAAAUCGUGUGUAUCUGUGGUACAACAGAGAACACCCUGCAGGAGGUCAUGCUGUCCAGCAAUUCCUUGUGUUAGUCGGUGAUGAUGCUCGAAUGGCUUUCCAAAGGCGUGACAUUGGUGUUCUGAAAGUAAAUCUUAAUCAUGGAAUUUCUGGUGGUGUUCCCCUUUAUAUCACAUAUAACACUUUACGUCACAGACGCCAGUAACGACUGAGAUCUUCUGAAAUCUCUACACUGCGUAUCAGUGAGAGUCGUAGUCUCGGGCUCUGUAGCUCCUUCAGUAACCAGCUUCAGCUUCCCUGCUUCCUGCUCUCCCACCAGUAACGACUGAGAUCUUCUGAAAUCUCUACACUGCGUAUCAGUGAGAGUCGUAGUCUCGGGCUCUGUAGCUCCUUCAGUAACCAGCUUCAGCUUCCCUGCUUCCUGCUCUCCCACCAGUAACGACUGAGAUCUUCUGAAUGACGUACGUCGUCCAGUAAUAAUCAGAGGUGGUAUCAGGUUAAAGUCUGAGUGUGAUCAGUGUAUCUGAGUGUGUUCAGCUCAUCCUCUGCAUUUCUCUCCUUUCUCUGAUUAAAGCUCAUAUAACCCUG